GUAGAGAUUAGAGACUACAGGCAGCGAUUACAGAGUAGGAGGUUCACGCUGUUUGCCCGCACUUCCAGUUCAGUAGUCAUGGCAUCUUCCUUCGUUGCGCUAUCUAGCUGCUCCUCUUUCAGCAGGAUUAACUUCCCAGCUCGCUCAACCAAUUCUCCAGCAGUAAGCUCUCGCUUGAAUUUGUGGUGGUUGACAGGUUUUAAGAGAAUAUGUUUGAAAGUAAAUGCGAUUGCAAAAUAUGAACCUACUAAGGUUGUGCCACAAGCUGAUAGAGUUUUGAUUCGUCUGGAGGCUCUGCCGGAGAAAUCAGCAGGGGGAGUUUUGCUACCAAAGUCUGCAGUUAAAUUCGAGCGGUAUCUCAUGGGGGAGGUUCUUUCAACUGGUGAGGAUGUGAAGAAUGUGCAGACUGGAAAGAAGGUUCUUUUCAACGACAUAAGUGCAUAUGAGGUUGACUUGGGCACAGAUGACAGACAUUGCUUUUGCAAAGCAGGAGACUUGCUGGCAGUGGUCGAGUAGUAAGUUUUCGAAAUAAUGAAAUACAAAGUUGUUUACAUGUUAUGGCCAGAAACACCCUACUAGAAUGGUAUCAGCAAUCAACCCUUUUUGCCAUUAUCACGGUAUCUAUCUGUCAUAGCUCAUAAUGUUUAAUUUGAAACACAUCAAUAAAUAUUAUUGAGUUAAACAUAUUGAACCUCAUUGUUC